AUGCUCCGACCGGCUAUCCUCUCCGCCUCUCCGACUCCGGGGGAACGCGCCCCACGCCGGUGUCACUUCACUCCGGCGAGUUCGGACAAAGCCCCACCUGGGUCUUCAAGUGCGGGUCUAGCUCUGAUCACUCCGAGCGUUCCGCCCGGUCUGUGCGAGGAGACUGAAGGUGUGAAAUCCUAUGCUGGAUACAUCAAGCUUCCGCCAGGGACCCUCGAAAAUGUUGGCCAGGAGCAAGAUUUUGAGAUCAACACAUUCUUCUGGUUCUUCGAGGCCAAGGAGGAUCCAGAGAACGCACCACUCUCUAUAUGGAUGAACGGCGGUCCCGGCAGCUCUUCGAUGCCUGGACUCUUCAAUGAGAAUGGACCAUGCUACAUCAACUCGGACUCAAACUCGACGAGGCCCAUCAACAUGCUGUAUAUUGAUCAGCCAGUUCAAGUGGGCUUCUCAUAUGACUCACUGCGAAACGUGACCAGGAACCUACUCGGAAGCACCCAGACUCUGAACGCCUCAUCCCCAAUCCCAGCCCAGAAUGCCACUUUCCAGACUGGCACAUUGGCAAGCGGUGGAAGGAAUACGACGAGCUUUGGAAGUCGCAAUGCAGCUAUUGCUCUAUGGCACUUCUCUCAAGUCUGGUUCCAGGAGUUCCCGGGGUAUCACCCCAACGACGAUCGCAUCAGUAUUGCAACUCAGUCCUAUGGGGGCCGGUAUGGGCCCGCCUUUGCCGCCUACUUUCAGGAACAGAACGAAAAGAUCGCGAACGGCACUUGGGAUGGGACCGAAGGCGAGAAAUACAUCUUGAACCUGGACACUCUCCUGAUCGUCAACGGGUGCAUUGACCGCCAAGUGCAGUGGCCCUCAUACCCGGAAAUGGCGUUCAACAACACGUAUGGCAUACAAACGGUCAACGAGACGGUAUAUCAGAGCAUGGUUGAUGCGUACUACGCGGAAGGAGGCUGCCGUGACAGGAUUGAUGCCUGCCGUGAAAUCUCUGCAGUCUAUGACCCAGAUAACAUUGGCAUCAACGCGACCGUGAACAGUGUCUGCCAAGACGCGGAAACAUACUGCACGGAGAAUGUUCGCGAUCCCUAUCUUGAUGUCUCGGGCCGCGAUUAUUACGACGUGACGCAGAUCGACCCAACGCUGUUCCCGCUCCCCUUCACAGCCGGAUAUUUAAAUCAGCCCUACGUUCAAUCUGCACUCGGUGUUCCCUUAAACUGGACGGGUAGCUCGAGCGCGUCGUCUUCCGCCUUCCGCAGUAUCGGAGACUACCCCCGGCCAGGCUGGAUAGAAGAUAUCGCUUACCUCCUUCACAGCGGCAUCAAGGUCUCCCUUAUGUUCGGCGACCGCGACUUUGCGUGCAACUGGAUCGGCGGAGAGCAAGUGGCGCUGGCGAUUCCCUGGGCAGACCAAGGGAACUUUGCCAAUGCGGGCUACGAGCCUCUGCAGACCAAUGCUACUUACGAAGGCGGCCAGGUUCGGCAAUAUGGCAACUUGUCAUUCAUCCGAGUUUACCAGGCUGGACACGCCGUGCCGUCGUAUCAGCCGGAAUCCGCGUAUCAAAUCUUCAACCGCGCUCUCUUCAACAAGGACAUCGCGACAGGCCUUGUUGAUACCGCGACGAACCUGACUUAUGCCACCGAGGGGCCUUCCGAUACAUUUGGUGUCAAGAACGAGAUUCCGCCUCAGUACGAAGAUUUCUGUUAUGUUCUCGAUCCGAGCACCUGCAGCGACCAGCAGGUUGAAGCUCUGCGGAACGGAACGGGCAUCAUCAAAAAUUACAUCAUGAUUGAACCGGCUUCGCAGCAGGGAGUUGCAAUUGGAUUGAAAGCAAGGGACAUCCGCAAUACAAAGCGGGACAUCUUCAACACACUGUCUAAAGGACCACAACCGUAUGCGCAGUUGCUAAUAUUUGGAGGGUUGAUCUUGAACGCAGAGCAUGUCAGCGCGUUUGUCGCAGCGCCAAUCCCUCGCGUGUCGCGUGCCGAGAUUGGGUUUCUCGAGACUCUGCGCAACAUGCUUCAGAGCACCGAUCCCGCUUCGGCGAGGAGAGCAGCUGAUUUGGUGGCAGCUAGACUGGAGGGUCUCCGUUCUGGUUCGGGGCAACGCACCGAGAUCACACAGACAGCGAAUUUUGUUGAGUCCGGGAUCGGACUUGAAGAUGACUCGGGACAAGACGAAGCCACAGGUUCACAUCCCAAAGCUCGCAGUUCGCUCACGGUGACUGCGUUGGAGCACAUGGCAUGGGGUAGAAGCUAUGGAAACUGCUACCCUCAUCUACACUGCAACUGCCAUCAAAGACGAGAUCAUACCAUCGAAGCCUCGACAACAGGUCUGUCGCCGUCUCUCGGCCUAUCUGAUCACACUGUCCCACCUCUUGCCCUCCUCCCUGAGAGAGUCACGGCCGAGAUACUCAUCUCAUUUCACCUGGAGCACAUAGCAUGGCACCACAACUCCUUACACUGCCCGACGUUUCUGCAGCAGUGCACCACGUUCUGGGCGACCGGCGUAUACGACCAGCCACAGUGGCUUGCGCUGUAUAGCGCGGUGCUCUCCUCGUCGCUCCUGAGUUGGCAGAACAGCUGGAAACAUCGCGAUGCAUACCCGCUCACGCUACCGGCCUGUUCGCCUCAAGACUUAUUCAACUUCAUGGUCGACACUUUAUAUAAGGCUCAUUUCCUGCAGCAUGUUUCAAUCUACUCCAUCCAGGCCAUCGUCAUCUCAACCGAAGUAGCUCACAAUCUUGGUCUCAGUCAACUCAACGCUACCUUAUUCAGCGCUGCGAUUCGAAUUGCCGAGUGCUUGGGAAUACACAAGAUCACCAAAUGCGGCCUCGACUUGCAAACCAGGGAUGAAAUAUGGGAUGAUACUCUGCAAAGAGAAGUAGGUCGUAGGGUUUGGCUCCAGAUGGUCAUUCAAGAUCACUUUGCAAUUCCAUUUACCGACUCAUACGGCAUCAACCCGUCUCACUAUUCCACUUCUUUCCCCAGAAACGCCAACGAUGCAGACUUGAUAGACACCUCGGAGGACGUUCUGACGGUAAGUACGUAUACUCGUGUCCUGGGUGGCAUCGCGCAGCUGAUGCCGGAGCUCGCGGACGGGAUGGGACCUUUGAGAGCCCAGAAGCCUGCAAGAGAGCAGUAUGCCCAUGUUCUCAGGAUGGACCAAAAGAUGAGGGAGAAGGUCCAGUCAAUACCGCGUUUUCUUCUACAGAAGGAUGAGCUAUUAGAGGGCCAGUGUGCCUGGCUUGGGGUUGCGCGUCAGAGUCUAGCCAUUACCGCCGCUGAAAAGAUUGUCAUGAUCCACCGGCCAUUCCUCUUCCUCUCGUUCCAAUCUGACUCGUACAUCCACACGCGCCGUACCUGCGUUGCAGCAGCAGUCACCAUCCUACGCGAGCACAAAAGCAUUGUAGAAUCAGGCGAAGUCUCGCUCUGGACGCACAUCGCCUUCAGCAUCACCGCUGCCAUCAUUCUCUCGUUCGAGGUCAUAUGCGAUCAGAGCAAAGAACGAGACAGCCGACAAGAAGGCUACCUCGACGCGAUUCGCGACGCGCGAGAGCAUCUCCUGGGCCGGACGACGAGUGAUAUCCUAGCACACCGCGGUGUGGUGCUUAUUGAUGCCAUCUUUUCUGAGGUGGGAGGCAUAGAGUCGUUUUCUGAUCAGACACUCGCUGCUAGGCCUGAUGCUAUUAACUUUGAGGAGAUUGCGGCUAGGUUCAAGACCGAUUGGUUUAUCCUUGAUUCUUCCACGGCUGGUCUCGGGCAGUUUGACGUUGCGGAAGAGCAUUUUGCCAUGUCUGGCAAUCCCUCUGAAGAUUUCGACGAUUGGUUCCAACAGAUAUUUCACUCGACCAUAGUUGGAUAA